AUGAUCCAUCGUCUUUUGUUCAGUUGCAUUUCAAGGAGUACUCGUUCCUCGUUCGGCCGGCAAGACUCGCAGUCCAGUUCGCCUCUUCUGCUGAUUGUGGCGUUUGGUGUGCAAUCGCUGCAACUGACGGUACCAGCAGGUACUGGGCAUCACUUGAUUCCAGGUGGCAGCCAAGAGGACAACCGGCCACGUCGACUGCAACACCACCAACAACAGCAGCAGCCUCAUGCAUUACGCUUCUAUCCUUGGCCUGACAGUGACCUAAUCGAGACUGAGGCGAACCACGAAGUCGAGAUCCUCUGCAAAGUGGGACCUUCAAAUCCCAGAGCUGCUGUCGUCUGGCGACUCUACCGGUGUCCGGCUGAAAAGCGAUGGCAUUUGCCGAACGCCACAGGGUCGGCACUCUCAGGAGGCUGGCCGUCGGGUCAGACGACUAAAGUUCAGGACCGAGAGACGGACUCAGAGAGUCCUGGUCAGCUCAGAGAGCCUGGCGAUGCUGGUGAUGAAGCCGAGUUUGACGGAUAUGCAAAGUCGGGGCACAGACAAGGUCUUAGGGGGCUGUCACUAGACGAGAGUGCACGUCAUUGGGGACCUCGCUCAGCUUCUUCAGCUCACCGACACAACAUUGUCCGUCUGCCCGGACAGAAAGUGGAUUGCCUUGUAGAAACAUUGAAAGGGUCCUCUUGA